UCUGGAAGUAGCAAACCAGUUGGGCCGGUUUUAGAAACUCCGGUGAGCGGAGGACUAGAGAGAAGGAUGUGUGUCCUGCCCUCUCCUCCUUGCCUGCACACAGAACUGUUGAAACGCCCCCUGCCCCAGCUCCUGCUGUCUGUCUCCAGGACGGCUGGGUCCCUUUCCAGAUGAGGCACUCCGGAAGCCUGGGCCCUAUCGCCCUCCUGCUGGGGCUGGAGCUGGCCCUAUGCAGGGGCCAGGCGACUUCACAGUACUGCGGGCCACAGGGCCAGGCGGAGAGAUUGCAUUUUACCCGGCUGGGCAAAGGCCGCUGGCUGGAUCUUCAGGCGCGGCCACCUGGGUCCCUGGAUCCCCUCUACAGGAUGGUGCGGGGCUUCCUGGACAUGGUGCAGCUUAACCCCUUUCCAGAAGGGCUGGUUCGAGUGGCCCUGAAUGAACCCUCUUCUGUUCGAACCUCAGAUGUGGUCCGGUAUGAGGCUGGCUACGUGGUGUGUGCUGUGAUUGCUGGCCUCUUCCUCCUUAUCGUUCCCACCGUCGGGUUUUGCUUCUGCUGUUGCCGUUGCCGCCGGCGCUGUGGGGGCCGCGUCAAGGUUGAGCACAAGUCUAUGGCCUGUGAGAGGGGCAGCCUCAUGACUUUCCUGCUGCUCAUCACUCUUCUCCUCCUGACCGGUGUGAUCUGUGCUUUCAUUACCAACCAAAAGACACACGAUGAGGUAGGCCCUGGUGUCCGGGCUGUGCCUGGCGUGCUGAAUUCCCUACAAGGUCUGGUCUCUGAUGUCCCCCAGGAGCUGAAGGCAGUGGCUGAGCAGUUCUCCAUCCCCCAGAAUCGAGUCUUGGAGGAAUUGGAUGCUGUUGGUGUAAACCUUGGCAGCACCAUCCAUACCCAGCUCAGGGGCACAGUGUAUCCUAUGCUAGCCACCCUACAAAGACUGGGCCAAGACUUGCAGGUUUCUUUGGACCACCUUCAGCUACUCAACUCCAGCACAGGCUAUCUACAGACUCAGCAAGAGCCUCUGGUUUCCUCUUUGCAGGACCAUAGGCACAAGCUUCUCUCCCUGCUCCAGGACGGCCAGUGCCAGGGCUGUGCCAGUGCCCUGAGUCAUAUCCAGCUCUUGGAGCUGGGGGCCAAUUUCAGCCAGGUACCUUCUGUGAAGAGCGUCCUCCAGAAGUUGAAGAGUGUCCCAGAGGCCAAUUUUUCCAACAUGGUUCAGAAGGAUAACAGCACAUUCAAUACACUCCCAGUUCUAACAGCUAUGGAGACAGCAAACAUAGUUCAAGAGCUGAAGGAGGAGGUGGCUCAGAUCCCAGAGGAAGUGAGGACCCUGUCUGAAGGCUUUCCAGGCUCUGAGGCUGCUGACCGUUGGAGGCAGGCUCUUGCACAGGCAGAGAACAGUAGCAGGCCUUACCUACGUAUGAUCCAGAGAUAUGAGAGAUACAGGUGGAUUGCAGGUUAUGUGCUGUCCUCCGUGAUCCUAUUGGUGGUCAUCUGUAACUUGCUGGGCCUCAGCCUGGGCCUCUGGGGCAUAUCUGCCCGAGAAGACUCCAGCCACACCGAAGCCAAGGGCGAGGCUGGGGCUCAAUUUCUCAUGGCGGGUGUGGGCUUAAGCUUCCUUUUCUCUGGACCCUUCAUCAUCCUUAUCUUUGCCACCUUCCUCCUGGGGGGCAACGUCCAGACGCUGGUGUGCCGAAGCUGGGAGAACCAGGAGCUGUACCAGUUUGCUGACACCCCAGGGAACUUGCCCCCAUCCAUGAACCUGUCCCACCUCCUGGGCCUCAAGAAGGACAUCAGCAUCCCUUCUGCCUAUCAGCAAUGUAAGGAGGGUGCUGCUCUCUGGAAGGUCCUACAGCUUAAUGGCUCCUAUGACCCAGAAAAGCACCUGGACAUUAAUAAGUAUACUGCCAAGCUGCGGGAGCAGGUGGAGAGCUUUAAUAUAGAUAUGAAGGAUCUGGACCUGCUGAAUGAAGCUGCUAAGAGAGAUCUAGAGGCCUUCAGGAGCAGCGGGAUAGAGAAGAUUGACUACCCCAGCUUCCUCACUCAGAUCCAGAAGCCAGUGGUGAAAGUCGACAUCUUGAAGCUAGUCAAGGAGUUGGAGAAGUUGAGUCAAGCCCAGACUGAGUCUGCCCUGGGGCAGCAGCUGAAGCAGGAGGCUCAGGCCCUACAGUCCCUUUUCCAGGAGAAGAUCCUCCCUCGGCAGACCCAUGUGGUGACACUGAAUCAAAGUGUCCAUGCCCUGUCAGCAUCUGCCUCAAAUCUCCAGCUGGUGGUUUCAGAAACUCUGGUCAAUGUGAGCUCCUUGAAAACUGAGCUGCCCAUCCGGGCUCACUGGAUCUUGAAGAAUGAAAGUGAGUGCUUCCUGAAUAGAGAAAUGGCAUACUUCAUCCAAUACGUGAACUGGGCGAGAGAGAUGGUCACUGAGCACAUCGCCACCUGCCAACCCCUGUCUGGGGCACUGGACAAUGGCCGAGUGAUCCUGUGUGACCUUAUCGCUAAUCCCUGGAAUGCCUUCUGGUUCUGCCUGGCCUGGUGCACCUUCUUGCUUAUCCCCAGCAUCAUCUUUGCAAUCAAGACCACUAAGCACUUCCGACCCAUCAGGAAACGCUUAAGCUCUACCAGCUCUGAGGAGACCCAGCUUUUUCACAUCCCCAGAGUCACGUCACUGAAACUGUAGGAUCCAGGCUUCUGGGAAGGCCUGGAUUUUUGCCCAGACUACCCUCGCCUGCCCACUGCCAGAGGGUGAGGUCCAAGCUGCUGAUCUCAGAGGGGAGGAGCCCUGUCAUCUUUGAUUCCUCUAUCCCCUGCCAAGAAGCUGCCAGUCUUUGGGUCGCCAAGAUAAAUCUUUACUACUCCCUUGGUUUUGCUGUCAGAACUUCCUAGGAAGGGGACCUGGACUUGGGAUGAGGGGUGCUUCCAUGGACUGGCUUCCUCCAAGGCUGCUCAAGAGUAAAAGGGACUUGAUGGGUUUGAAAUGGGGCUCAGGCCCUUUGGCUCUUUUUUUUUCUCUUGCUGUGUGACCCAGGGCCAUUCCCUUCCUUUCCCCCCCCUUCCUUUUUCCCUUCCUCCCCUCCCCUUCCUUUUCUUCCCCUUUCCUUUCUUUCCUUUUCCCCUUCCCUUUCCCCUUCCUAUGCCCACCCUGCGUGUGACUCUGUAUGCGGCUGGAAUGUAGAGGAGGAGGGUAGUGGGUGUACCUCUGAACCAUUAAAGUGUUUUUCACUUUCUUAA